AUGUAUAGCCAACUUCUAGAGACAUUUAUAAAGAAUUCGCAGGAGAAGGAUAGAUUAUUUAAUGCUAUCGAGACCAUUCCCUGCAUUUCCAGAGAUGAGGGUCUCCACUGUGACUUUGCUUGUCUCUUGUACAGUUUUCUGCAGAAAAAGCUUUCUGUGGAGAAAGUUUAUCAGAUUGUUCAUGAGGCAGUGGAAAUUGAGACAGAGUUUGUCUGCAAGGGCCUCUCAUGUGAUCUGAUCGGAAUGAACUCAGACCUCAUGAGUCAGUAUAUACAGUUUGUCACAGACCGUCUUCUGGUUACAUUGGGAUGUGAAAGGAGAUACAAAGCAGAAAAUCCAUUUGACUGGAUGGAGUUCAUAUCUCUCCAGUAA